CAUCAGGGCUGAAUGUAUACAAAAGCCAUUGUGGCUACGUUGACAAUUAACUAGGACUAUAGGACUAGACUUUCACUGAAGGGCAAGCAAUGGAGAGCUCCAUGCUGUGUGUCCUCCUUUGCCUGCUGUGCCUGCAGUCAAUAUCUGGACAGGAUCCGGAGUAUUAUUUAACGCUGAACGGAGAUGUUAUCACGAACCACUCGCUGGUCAGUAUGGAGAGGAUUGGGGAGGGGCUUGAAGCGUUGCACUGUAUGACCCCUCAUCGGCCGUGUUGCCGGGAGGGGUCAAUAGGAGAAUGGUACUAUCCAAACGGGACUGCAGUCCCUAACAGAGCUCAGUUCCAUAAUCUAUACCGUAACCGUAACAACGAGGGCAGUGUGAUACUCAAUCGUAGGAACAACCGACUGGGUCCACACGGCAAGUACAAGUGUGUCAUACCCCAGACUGGGAACAAUAACGAGUCUAUCUCACUGAUCGUGGGCAUAUACAGCAUCUUGGCAUACCCUAACAUCUAUUUCCAGCCAAUCUCCCUGCUCAAUGCUGUGCCUGGCUCUCGAGUGUCCUUCUCUGUACGUUCCAGCAAUGCUCUUAAGUAUCGCUGGGUCUACAACGAGGACGUGUACCUCAAGGAGAGUGACAAGUAUCGCGGUGUCAACAGCAACACUUUGGAGAUUGUCGAUGUGAGAGAAUCGGACGAGGGAGAGUAUCACUGUGUGGUGGAGAAGGAGCUGAGUGUGUCCUCCCAUGUGGCCACUCUCACUGUCUUGGAUCUACCAGUCAUCACGGAGCAGCCAGUGAGUAUCUUCAACCUUCUGUCUGGUCAAGAUGCCACUUUCACUCUCACAGCCUCGGGCAUGGAUCUCUCCUACCAGUGGCAGUAUGCUGAUGGAUCACCACUGCAGCAGAGCCACGAUGGAGUGACCACACCCACAUUAACGAUACGAGGAGUGACUGGAAAGGAUAUGACAUCAUACCAGUGUGCUGUGAGCAAUGAUGUUGGGACAGUCCUCUCUAUUCAAGUCAACCUCACCUUGUUACAAUCUCCGCUAAUAGAAGUACAACCUGAGCACAUACUUGACACACAACCAGGCCGAAACGUCAGCCUCACACUACUAGCCUCGGGCGGAGACCUGACCUACCUGUGGCAGUACGCUGAUGGGUCUUCACUCAGCGAUGGUUACGAGGGAGUGACCACACCCACUCUAACGAUAUUAGCGGUGGAAGAGGCGGGAUCUUAUCUCUGUGCAGUUAGCAAUCUUGUCGGCACUGUGUUCUCAAAUACAGUCAAUGUUACUGUAAUGAAAGUUCCAGUGCAACCAGUGACCUCUCUGAAUGCUACUCCGUCUAUCACUUCAGUCCACCUCUCCUGGACCCCCUCUCCACAAGACUACCUCUUAUUCCAAGUCAUCUACCAUCAUCUCGCGUUCCCAGAUCUCACUACCGUGGUUGAGGUGGAGGAACCUCGUUACACUGCCGUGGGUUUAUUACCGAGGGGGCGGUAUCAGUUCAGUGUGCGGCAGAUGAGGGGAAUUGUGAUGAGUGGAGCUGUGAGUGUGGACGUCAAACUAACAGAAAACAUACCUCCAGUCCAGGCUGUUACUGUGGAGGUCCUAAACGUGUCGUCCAUUGUCGUAUCGUGGGACCCCCUCUCCCCAUUACCAGGGUGGGACAUAUCGUACUACCAGGUGGACGUCACUAGCUUCACAACAGGCACACCCUCACAGCAUAUACACGCCCACAUGGAGAGAACGACCAAUGGGAACACGACGUCGGCCGUAGUCGUGAGCAGUGACUUGCAGAUGGUCGGAGGUGUGGAUCUUGUGACAGAAGUGAGGGGUGUGCUUGAUGUGGGGGUGGAUGGUGUGGGGCUGAUGGAGGGGGAGAUAGCAGUUAAGAGGACUCUCUUGGAACCAGAGAAGACUGCCUUCCAGUUGGUGCUCGGCCCUAUUGACUACUGCAUCUCCUGGACGGACGAAAAGACGUUUGAAAUUCGGAGCAAUAUUCGCACUGAACUUGUGAAAGUGAUCUCUGAAAACUGUCAGUGUAACUUCAGCAUCAACUCCAUAUCUCCCGGAGUCUUCAGUUGUCGUCAGUCAGCAAAUUCUGUCACUUACCGUAGCUCAGUUAUUGGUCUCGACUCGGACCAGUUUGUCUCGAUGAUUGACCAAUGGGUGAAGACGGGAACGGCUGCCAUGGUGAUACGAUCGUUCUUUGUGGAUGUCCGCAAUUACGAGGAGUGUCCUGUACAGUUAAAGUCGAUAUUGGACCCAGAGUGCACCGUUAACGAACAGGGGUCGGCUGCCUCCAGGACAUUAAUCACGAGCGACCCAGCUGUUAUUAACUGUGUGAACAGCUGCAUGACUGACUCUAGUACUGUGUCUCUUUGCGUGCAUAAUCCAUGAUAUUGUGUGCAUGCCUGUCCAACAUUUCGUUAGCACUGCACUUGUUUUUGUAAAGUGUUAAAGAUCAUGUGUUGUAUUCACCGUAAUUACUAAAGCACACCUGCUGAACUUUCUCGUACAGUUGUAUGUUAAUUUGAAAAUGUUUUGUUUGAGUUCA